GUGUCGCCUACCUCGAGCUCAGUGAGCCGAUGUGUGAGCGCCGCGACGCCCAGAGCAGCCCCGACGUUAAGCGUCGCCGACAUAGGAAAGGGAAUGACCGUGGCCGAGGACAUGAUCAGCGAUGAACCAACAACAAGGAAAAUUAUAUAACACUGAACCGGUUACUUAUCGUUUGUGAAACAUUGCCACGAAGAAAAUUUAUAUUUCUGUGUGGAUUAUACGUGUUACCGUGUUACUACGGGACUAAAGCAUAGACGAUGAAAGUUUAUUAGAAUAAAUUCGUGCAUACAAGAUUCAUUGCUGGACGACAUCUAUAUGAAUCCUGAUGAAUGAGCCUUUGUGGAAGCUAUGAAGCAUUAGGCACACCCCACUGGCGAAGGCACACCCCUACGUUUAAGAUAUUGGAGUACUAAAAUACAUGCAGCUUGUAAAGUUUUAGAAUGAACGCGACGACGACCUACAUAGGUGCAACGAGCACCCUGGCUGGAAUUAUUGGCAUCGAGUCGGAAAUAAGAAUGGAUAAAGCGGAAAACUCCUUUGACAAUGACUUUGAUAUUUCUCCGGUCACUCUAUCCUCCGCAUGGUCCAGAGUAGCGAGACUUCUUUUGUUAGCGUCAAUGGCUGUGGGCGGCAGUGUUGGUAACGUUUUCAUGAUCUCUGCGGUGGUGGUAGAAGAUCAACUUAAGAAACGAGGAAAUGCGUUUCUAGUGAACGUUGCAUUGGCAGAUCUAUUAGUAACAGGCCUUGUAAUACCGGUAUCAGUGAUUGUGAUCCUGGCAGGACAUGAAGAGUCAUUAAGCACAUGCCGAUUUGAAUGUACUCUCGAGGCACUUUGCUUCCUCGUGACGGUAUUGACGUUGGCCACUAUAGCUGGAGAAAAUUAUACUCGUUUGUGUUUACCACCCGAAAGGUAUGCCGUAGUGACACCAAGCCGUGUAACAGCGACCAUCAUCAGCGUCUGGAUGGUAUCUGUAAUGACGGUAGUUCUGCAAUCAUCGUUGGACGUAGGACCGGACUUCUGCCGUCGCCGAUUCAGUGGAAUAGCCAUGGAACAAAUAAUCGGGGCUACGGUUUUAGUAGGUUUGCCAACUUUAAUGACCACCUUCUUGUACGUAAAGCUGGUGAUUCGAGUCCGGCACGCUACCAGAGGUUCCUAUAAGCCACCGGUCGCUUUCUCCUGGGACUACGAACUGACCAAGGCAAACAUGUACAGCUGCAUGAUGUUCGUGAUAUUCUGGCUACCGUUCGGUAUCGUUGUCUGCGUUAACUCCUUCCGACCGAUAAGCGCUCGUGUUUUUUACAAUUUGGCCUGGUUUGCUCUUUCGAAAUCCUGCUUCAACAAUUUGCUCUACUGUGUGGCAGACCGGCAUUUUCGCAGCGCCUACGUCAAGCUUUUCCAUUACUGCUGUUGCAAAACUACGGUGAGUUUCUCAAGGAGAACACGAGGGGAUGGUGGCCGAAAUGCCAGCGAUGUACGCCUCAGGGUUCACAUUAUCCAUUCCUAUGCUAGUCCGGGUACCUGUCGCCCUCCUGCGGGUAGACCUAACGGACGUGACGUUUAUGAGCUCUAAAUUUCAACAUCGCGCAUCAUGAUCGGAAUAUUUGGAACAACCUGUGUCCUCGUCGAUACAAUUGAUCGCCGUCCAAUAGAAAACAUUUUUCGAUUUCUGCUCCUAAUCGACAUGCUUCCAAUUACCGCGAUGGUUUAAGUUGCCCUUUGGUUGUACCGUCGAGAACUAGUACGUCGAACGCGUGUACUUUAUUUAUGUAAUUUAUUCGUGUAGAUUGUUUUAAUGCGCUUCAAUACAAACUGUUAAGCGAGGAGGGCUGUUUUACAAACUUUGAACUCUACAGUAGAACCUUCGUUAUUUAAAUUUAAAAGACAAGAAGAUGAAUUCUUCUCUACUCGGAGAAGAAAAUUUUCACAUGCACCUGUUAUACUAUCAAAGAAUAAUAAUAAUAAAAAUUGAACAUGUAAAUAUAGUUCAAUAUAUAGCAUUUUUGACUCGAAAAUUGAUGAAUUUGGUAUAAUCUGCUACUUUCGACGAUUAAUCUAUACAUUUCUCAAGAAUAUUUUUUAUGUUAUACAUUUUCUGUGAUUAUAUCAACCUUAUUGCAGAUUAAAGAAUAGGAAAACGUCCGCUUAAUAUCUCUGACAACUAAUUUAUAUAAAGUUUUUAACAUUCAUUGUGAUAAGGUAUUUAUAUUCAGAUUACAUCAACUGGUUAGUCUUAUAUAUAAUAUCAAUAAUUAAUUUCGUUAAUAUUAAUUACUAUCUUCGAGUGUACUUUCAAGCUUUGAUCGUUAAAAUUCAUUGAUUAAAACUACUCGUUUUCACCAGCAUUCUGUAUGCUUAUGCUACAAUUGAUACCAAAAUUUGGAUAUCACAGGUUCUACUGUAUGAAUACUUGUAACAGUGCUACUAUCCAUCCUCUUAUAAUGUUCGAAUAUCGAUGUUUUACGAUCUUCGUUAAAUGAUUCUCGAAUACCUCAUGUAAUUGUUCAACAAUUGCUAUUACCUCGUUUACGUUAUUGUUUUAACGUGUAAUUAUGCCUAUUAAGUCUGCUUCAUAUUUAUUUAUAGGUAUAUGAUAGGUACGUAUAGAGUGUAACUGCAAUGACGUUAUUAUAAAGAUAUUGAGAUGAUUUCUCUUAGGAAAAUAAAUCAAAAACGUAGUUUGAAAUUCUUUAUCUUUACCUUGGUUUUCCUAAGAUACUGAUUCGUCCAACAUGGUCGAUAAAAUAG